CCAACUUCAAUGGUGGGAGAGGCGCGGGCCGGGGAAAGGAAGCAGCGGAGCUGCCAGGCGCUCGCCGCAGCAGGGCAGCAAACUUCACCCCGGCUCCACUCUGCACUUGGCUGCUGGGGGUGAAGGUGGUGCCUGGAUUUUUAAGGUGUGAAUGAAAGAGAGACUCUGCAAUAUUUAGUGUCCAGUUUUACUGGCUUUGAAGAACAGCGGCAUUUACAAUGCCGCCUCCUGCUGAUAUAGUGAAGGUGGCUAUAGAAUGGCCAGGUGCCUUCCCCAAGUUGAUGGAAAUUGAUCAAAAAAAACCAUUGUCUGCAAUAAUAAAAGAAGUUUGUGAUGGGUGGUCUCUUGUGAACCAUGAAUAUUAUGCACUGCAACAUGCUGAUAGUUCCAAUUUCUAUAUCACAGAAAAGAAUCGCAAUGAAAUUAAAAAUGGAGCGAUCCUUCGAUUAACAACCUCUCCAGCUCAAAAUGCACAGCAGCUCCACGAGAGGAUCCAAUCUUCUAGUAUGGAUGCCAAGUUAGAAGCACUGAAAGACUUAGCCAGUUACUCCCGGGAUGUUACGUUUGCCCAGGAAUUUAUAAAUCUAGAUGGUAUCUCUCUCCUAACGCAGAUGGUUGAAAGUGGCACAGAACGCUAUCAGAAAUUGCAGAAGAUAAUGAAGCCCUGCUUUGGAGAUAUGUUGUCCUUUACACUGACUGCAUUUGUUGAGCUGAUGGAUCAUGGGAUUGUAUCAUGGGAUACAUUCUCGGUGGCAUUCAUUAAAAAGAUAGCAAGUUAUGUGAACAAAUUUGCCGCGGACAUCUCUAUCUUGCAACGGUCAUUAGCAAUCCUGGAGUCAAUGGUACUCAAUAGCCAUGAGCUGUACCAGAAGGUAGCCCAGGAGAUCACAAUUGGCCAGUUAAUCCCACAUCUUCAGGGGACAGAUCAAGAAAUCCAAACCUACACGAUUGCAGUAAUAAAUGCACUUUUCCUUAAAGCACCUGAUGACAAGAGGCAGCUUGAUGUAGCGAACACUGUUAACAUCCUUGAUUGUCCUUUGACUGAGAUGGCAAACAUUUUGGCACAAAAACAGCUUCGGGCUAUCAUCUUAACACAUGUUAUCAGGGCCCAGAGGGCCAUCAAUAAUGAAAUGGCGCACCAGCUUUAUGUUCUGCAAGUGCUCACCUUUAACCUUCUGGAGGACAGAAUGAUGACCAAAAUGGAUCCACAGGACCAGGCUCAGAGGGAUAUUAUAUUUGAACUCCGAAGAAUUGCUUUCGAUGCAGAGUCUGAACCCAACAACAGCAGUGGCAGUAUUGAGAAACGCAAAUCUAUGUAUACCCGAGACUAUAAAAAACUUGGAUUUAUUAAUCAUGUAAACCCAGCAAUGGAUUUUACACAAACCCCUCCAGGAAUGCUAGCCCUUGACAACAUGCUGUACUUUGCCAAACACCACCAGGAUGCAUAUAUCCGGAUUGUCUUGGAAAACAGCAGCCGAGAAGACAAACAUGAAUGUCCCUUUGGCCGCAGUAGCAUCGAGCUGACAAAGAUGCUGUGUGAAAUCCUGAAAGUAGGAGAACUACCCAGUGAGACCUGCAAUGAUUUCCACCCCAUGUUCUUCACGCACGACAGAUCAUUUGAGGAGUUUUUCUGCAUCUGCAUCCAGCUGUUGAAUAAGACGUGGAAGGAAAUGAGGGCAACCUCUGAAGACUUCAACAAGGUAAUGCAGGUGGUGAAAGAGCAAAUAAUGAGAGCACUCACUACCAAGCCUAGCUCUCUGGACCAAUUCAAAAGUAAACUUCAGAAUCUAAGUUACACAGAAAUUUUGAAAAUCCGUCAAUCCGAGAGGAUGAACCAGGAAGAUUUCCAGUCUCGUCCAAUUCUGGAGCUAAAAGAGAAGAUUCAGCCUGAAAUCUUAGAGCUGAUCAAACAGCAACGUCUUAACCGACUUGUCGAAGGCACCUGCUUUAGGAAACUCAAUAGUCGACGGCGACAAGACAAAUUUUGGUAUUGUCGAUUAUCGCCCAAUCACAAGGUCUUGCACUACGGAGACUUGGAAGAAAGUCCACAGGGAGAAGUUCCCCAUGAUUCUUUGCAGGAUAAAUUACCUGUGGCAGAUAUAAAAGCAGUUGUGACAGGGAAGGACUGCCCUCACAUGAAGGAGAAAGGUGCUCUUAAACAAAACAAGGAGGUGCUUGAGCUUGCUUUCUCUAUAUUGUAUGACUCAAAUGGCCAACUGAAUUUCAUCGCUCCUGAUAAGCAUGAGUACUGUAUCUGGACCGAUGGAUUGAAUGCCCUCCUUGGGAAGGAUAUGAUGAGUGACCUGACACGAAAUGACUUGGACACACUGCUCAGCAUGGAGAUAAAGCUGCGUCUCCUCGACUUGGAGAAUAUACAGAUUCCUGAUGCUCCCCCACCAAUUCCAAAGGAGCCCAGCAACUAUGAUUUUGUUUAUGACUGUAACUGA